CGGGGGGCCGGCCGGGAGACGGCGCCGGGGGCGGCGCGCCCUGCUGCCCGCCGCGGGCCCCGGGGCACCGGGGCGCUGAGCAACAGUUGGCCCCGCCGCCGCCCAGCAUGAAAGUGUGCCGGCGGAAGGCGCUGGCGCUGUGCCUGGGCUACGCGCUGCUGCUGCUGCUCGCCGCGCUCAACCUGCUGGAGUACAAGUGGCGACGGGAGCCGCGGCGCUGCGGGGAGCCCCCGGCAGCCCCCCGCCACCACCCCCCGCCGCCGCCGCCGCCGGCCGGGAGCCGCGGCCCGGCGGGCGCCCGGCGGCAGCUGGUCUAUGUCUUCACCACCUGGCGCUCGGGCUCGUCCUUCUUCGGGGAGCUCUUCAACCAGAACCCCGAGGUCUUUUUCCUCUACGAGCCGGUGUGGCACGUCUGGCAGAAGCUGUACCCCGGUGACGCCGUGUCGCUGCAAGGGGCGGCCCGCGACAUGCUGAGCUCCCUGUACCGAUGCGACCUCUCCGUCUUCCAGCUCUACAGCACGGCCGGCGCCGGCAAGAACCUCACCACGCUCGGCAUCUUCGGGGCGGCCACCAACAAGGUCAUCUGCUCCUCGCCCCUCUGCCCGGCCUAUCGCAAGGAGGUGGUGGGUAUGGUGGACGACCGGGUGUGCAAAAAGUGUCCACCGCAGCGCCUCAGCCGCUUCCAGGAGGAAUGCCACAAGUACCACACGCUGGUCAUCAAGGGCGUACGCGUUUUUGACCUGGCCGUCCUCGCCCCGCUCAUGCGGGACCCGACCCUGGACCUCAAAGUCAUCCAUCUGGUGCGGGACCCCCGGGCCGUCGCCAGCUCCCGCAUCAAGUCCCGGCACGGCCUCAUCCGGGAGAGCCUGCAGGUGGUGAGGAGCCGGGACCCCCACAUCCACCGCAUGCCCUUCCUUGAUGCUGGCCACAAGCUGGGCGGGAAGAAGGAGGCGGGGGGCGGCUCGGACUACCAUGCCCUGGGUGCCAUGGAGGUCAUCUGCAGCAGCAUGGCCAAGACCCUGCAGACUGCUCUGCACCCCCCUGACUGGCUCCAGGGCAAUUACAUGGCCGUGCGCUACGAGGACCUGGUGGUGGAGCCCAUCAAGACCCUGCGGCAGGUGUACGGCUUUGUGAACCUGGCGGUCAGCCCGGAGAUGGAGAAGUUCGCCCUCAACAUGACCAGUGGCCCCGGCUACUCCUCCAAGCCGUUCGUGGUGUCGGCCAGGAACGCCACCCAGGCGCUGAGUGCCUGGAGGACUGCGCUCAGCUACCAGCAGAUCAAGCAGGUCGAGGAGUACUGCCACCAGCCCAUGGCCCUGCUGGGCUACGAGCGGGUCGGCAGCCCCGAGGAGGUGAAGGACCUCAGCAGAACGUUGCUCAGGAAGCCGCGGCUGUGACGGGGCAGCGGCGCCCGCCGGGCAGCCGGGGCUGCGGAGCCCGGGCAGGGGAGCCGCUCCGGCUGCCUUGAAGGGAGGGAGGGAGGGAGCCGGGAAAAGCAACCUGGUCUCCGAUUUCCUCCAAAGACUGCUGAAGGGUAACAUACAGCAAUGUGAUGAUUUCGUUCUUCCUUUUUAAUUUUUUUUUUUUUUUUUUUAUUACCCACCCCUUGCAUUGGGUUAGAUAUGAUUUAAAAAAAAAAAAAAAAUCAAGUGGAACUGAAAAUAUGUGUAAAGCCCCUUCCUCCUCCUCUAAAACAUCAGGCAGUUAAUCUGUACCAAAAUCGUGUUCAUGAAGUUCUUGAGGGUUUGAAGAUGGUAGCAAAAACUUGCACAAUUCCUAACACAUCUUUAUCUCCCUUAGUGUGGAGGGGAUGCCCUUGGAAAACAUAAUGCUGAAAAUCAGACUUUUGUAUGAAAGCAAAUGUUCAGACAUGAUAGUAAUAAAAGAAAAUAAUAAAUGAUAUUCAUUUUUAUAAUUACCUCAAUUGUUUGGGAAAUAGAGUGUUGCUUAUGUACAGCUGGAGGGGAUGCUUGCUUAAAAUAACAACAUGGACUUCUUAAAGGGUAUGGGUGGAGGGCUGGAGUGCAACAUUUGAUGUGUACAAAGAUCAGGAGCUGCUCUUGCAGGAACAGUACAGAUCUCGCAAGUGUAGUGCAGGUUGUAUGGCUAUGUCAAAGCAGGUUUCUAUUGAACUGUUGUCUUUUCAGUUGUAUUUAAAAAGUCUUUCAAGUGCCACUGUAUUAGUGUCCUAAGAGUUUAAAAACGUUUGCCAUCGCAGCAGUAUUUAUUUUUGUCUUGACAUGUAUGUCCAGGAGUCACUGUCAAAUAGAAGUGGAUUUACGGCGUGACAAGAAAUGCAGGAUUUAAAAAGACAUUUAUCAUUCUGGAAACAUUAGCAUGUGUGAAAACAAAAAUAAAAUUAUAUAUAUUAUAUAUAUUCUAUAGUGCUAACAAAACAUAUGUAAGAUAUUUCUUGACAUUGAUUGGUAACAGGCAUAGCAGGGAAGCAUAGAAAAAUGCAUAAAAUGAUUAAUUUUUUCCCUUUGUCUGUGUCUGAGGGUAUAUUUAUAUACUAAGAGGGAGGAAAUGUACAGCUGUGUGUUCAUGGCUGUAAUAGAGCUUUUAUGGAGCCAGCCCAGCGUUUGAUUUCAGAGUGCUGGUUGGAGACUCGUUGCCUGUGAAUUGUCAUUGCUCUGUGAUGGAGCCAGAUGGUGGUCUGGCUCUUUCUGGGAGCUCUGCCUAGAGUCUGUCCCAUCGUUAAAACUUGAUGAUUAAAAAAAAAAAAAAAGAAAAAAGAGAUUUUACUACUUCUGCUUUUAUAAUUUCUUGGAAAAAGUCCUGAUUUAUUAAAGGUUAAGUGGUGUGUUGCAUAUGAAAAGUGCAGACACCCUAAGUAGUUUUUAAUCUUGGUGUUCUCUGCUGCUCUUUGAAGGCUCAUUUUGGAACUUGAGUUUUUAAACAAAUGUAGUUUUGCCAAACAGUUCUCUUAGGAGACUACAGACUUUUCUACAGGAAGUACAUUUUACAUUGCCUAUUUGGGUGUUGUGCCUUCAGAAAAUGUGAAGAGUAUGAGUAGGAAAAAGGAGAUUGAUUUGUGAAAAUAAAUUAAUAUAAACAGGAUGCUGAUAAGUGUGUGUGUAUGUGUGGGUGUAUGUGUGAAAAUUUUAGUGAUGUGUAAUAUGUCUAUUUCUUGUAACUCAAAGAGCUGAUAACUGGCUACUAAGAUUUUUGAGUUCUUGAUGAAAUUUUGGCAUUAGAUGUUGAAUUUAUUCUGAAAAAGAAAAACAUUUAAUAAACUAGUUAAAAGAUUAUUGCA